AUGAACGUCCAGCUCCCACCCCCCACCCAUCGCAAGCGCGUUCUUCCCCAAGGCGAGCUCGAGGCAGCGUCUACCCUCAAGCUGGGCGCGGAUCAGAACACGCACACCCUCUCGCUGUCUGAGGCGCGGCUGGUUAUCAACAAGGUGCUGGAGAAUAAGCGUCGUGGGGGCAAGAAAUAUGAGGAGCCGGAAAAUCUUACCAAAACCCUGGAUUACCUUGAAGUCUUUGCUCGGUUCAAGGAUGAGGAGAACAUCAAGGCUGUGGAGCGUCUGCUGAAUUCGCAUACGGAACUGGAGAUGUUCGAGCGCUCGCAGCUGGGGAGCCUGUGCUGCGACAACGCCGAGGAAGCAAAGUCGCUGAUUCCGAGUCUGCAGAACAAAAUCUCCGACGGGGAUCUGCAGGAGCUGCUGGACGAGUUGACCAAGUUGCGCAAUUUCACGGAGUGA